AUGGAUUUUUACGGGUCUUCUCCAUCAGCACUGAGUCUCACUUGUAAUGAACUGCGUGAUAAAAUUGUGAAUGGAGCAUGGCCGGGUGAUUCAAUCGAUUUUGCGUUGAUUAUUGUUGAAAGACUAUUUAACAAUCCUCAGAUUGAUUUGCUCUCUGUAUUACCAAGUUCGAGUUAUGAUCUCAGUGGAAUUGAAUAUGAUCAAAUAAUUGAUUUGAUCGGUACCUCUUCAUCUGCUUUCAAGGCAUUAAUAGAAUCUGAUGGCGAUCAGAAUUUUGAUUUCUUCAUUGGUUCGUUUUGUGCACAUUUGGAACGUUCAACAUGUGAUUUGCCUGUUCAUCUCGUUGAAAACAGUGUUUACAUGUAUUUAUUAGCCGAUUAUGUUUGCUUCAUGAUGCCAAUUGAAACAACAGCAGGUUCGCGUGCGGACGUGUCGACGAAAAAUUUAAAGUCCAGUAACAUUUCCAUCUCUUCUCCAUUGAGAUUAUUCGAAGAGGACGCGUUGCAACGCUAUUCAUUAUCACCAGCAAGAAAUUCGUUAAAAACACUGCAUUCAUUCUCACAGUCGUUAUCGCCUCACUUUGUCUCAUUCAUAUGUACCGUCAUCAAAUCUUUAUGCUCAUUAUCUUCAUGGCCUUCCGAAUAUCGUCUGAGUGCUUUAAGAUAUGUGCUGAAACAAUAUCAUGUUUUUGUAUUGGCAUUAACUGACGAUGGUAUAUUGCUGCAAGUGAAAUCACAACUGUUGCACAAUCCUCCUUUUGUGGACCAACUGUAUGAUUUUCUUGAUUCAAUGCUCGCGAAAUGGCCUGACAAUGUCAAAUUUAUUGCAGUAUUCGAAGUUUGGAUGACUUGGAUCCGUCCGUGGCGUUACUCACAAGAAGGUGAUGACGACUGUAGUUCGCAACGUAUACAACUUUUCAUUGAAUCGAAUCGCCGUUUCUAUGUUCAGCUCACCGAUGCAUUCUUUCGACGCGUCGUCUAUCUUGACAAUCCAAGUUCUGUUUUAACACUUCGCAAUUAUCUGCUUGUUAUCCUCUCGGAACAGCUGCAAAAGACUUACAAAUGGUUGAGAUACGAUUUGGAAACACCAAUCGUGAAAUUGGGUGCUGUAGUGGCGAAAUGGGCGGAUUAUAUCCGCAGAUUGGUCGCAGAAGAACGUGAGUGUGUUGAAAAUGAAAGCUGGUUGGGUCACUUCGUUAGUUCAUCUGGAAAUGAAAAUCGUUAUCAGAAGUUGAGUGUAACGUUGAAUGAGCUGGAUGAAUUGACGAACUCAAUAGCAGAUGCAGCCUCGACAACUGUUUCGGCGUUGUUGAACGAAAAAGCUUGUGUACCACCGUAUAUUACAUCUGAAUCGCCUCGUCUAUCUUCAUCGCCCUGGAAUAAGCCCCUUCCUGACCACUAUGUUAAUCCCUCUACGAAACUCAUGCAUCUUACCAAUUUAGGAAGACAACAAGUUCGUCGUGGUACGCAUCGUUUUGAUUUGUCGCGUUGUUGCGAAUAUAUUCCUCCUUUAUUAGCACCACAACGAUCCGAUGAAGUGUGGUGGCUCGCAAAAUUAUUGUAUCGGUUAUCAUGCUUCUUGAAUCGAACCGCUGUUAUCAAAUAUCUUUCGAUGAAUUACAAUGAAUGUUCAUUGAUCGGGAUGCUCUCAAGAGCCGUACUCGAUCCUGAAUAUCCACGCGUGGUUGUACCAUCGUUCACCAAAACGACGUUCGCAAUGAAACCUGCCAUGAAUCUUCGUCGAUUUGCACAAUACAAAUACUUUUUGCCAGUAUGUAUAUUUGUGUUGCUUGCAUUUCUAAUGCCUUUUUAUGUUACGUUGCCUAUGUUGUUUGUGUUCGUAGUUCUGUCAUCAGUUUCACAGUUCUAA